UAACUGGAAACCCAGCUUUGUAGCUCAGUGAUGCUUCGCGCUCUGUGUCACCAUUUUGGGCAAACACUUCUUCAUUUCCCUUAAACCCUUUUCAUCACUCUCUCUCGAUUUCUUUCUCUUCAUCUCACACAGAACUCACACACCCACAAAAAUUCCCUGAUCCUUCACAUUUCCAAGUAGAGAGGUGUAUGAUAUAAUUUCAUCCUGUUUCGAUCUGAAAAUGGGAGCGGGAAGGAAAACUGAGACCUAUACUCUGCCUUCUAAUCAAGACCUGGUACCCUAUGCUGUGUCUGCAAGAAAUUUGAUGAAGAAUCACCUAGGUGCAGUCAUCUUUGGGUGCACGCACAGCACAAUGAAUGAAUGUCUAUCAAAACAACUCUUUGGUUUACCGGCUCCACACCUUAUAUAUGUGAAGAAAGUUACACCUGGCUUACCACUAUUUCUGUUCAACUAUAGUGACAGGAAGCUAUAUGGUAUCUUUGAGGCUACUGGUCAUGGCCAAAUGAAUAUUGACCCAUACGGAUGGACCGCUGAUGGGUCAGGGAGGACCCAAUUUCCUGCACAGGUUCGGAUGCGUGUUCGGCAGCAGUGCCGACCACUGCUUGAAAGCCAGUUUAAACCAAUAAUUGCUGAUAACUACUUCAAUCCACAGCAUUUCAUGUUUGAGCUUGAUCAUGUUCAAACAAGAAAUCUGCUAUCUCUGCUAGCACCAUUGACGAUUUCUCCAGGUAAACCAACACCACAGAAUCCAAUGCUGAGGGAAACUGAUUCUCAAGCUCUUCCAUCAUCUAGUACAAUACAGAAAGCUGAAUCGUGUAAGCCGCUCACUUCAGAGGCUGAGAAUCCUACUCCUCUACCCAACUGGGAAACCGAUUUUCCAGCUCUUCCGACUCAGAAUACAAUACAGAAAACUGAAUUGUUGAAACCACCCACUUCAGGGGCUGAGAAUUUGAAUUCUGUACCCACAGUGAACUGGGAAACUGAGUUUCCAGCUCUUCCAUCACGUAAUACAUUACAAAAGAAAGCUGUAUUGUGUAAACCAGCCACUUCUGUACCACAGAAUAGAGUGGAGCUGGAAACUGAUAUUCCAACUCUUCCCUCAAGUAGCACAGUAGUGGAACCUGAAUGGCCUUAUCAACUUACUUCACAGGCUGAGCAUCUGAACAGUUCACAUCUUAAAGGGGGUUCGACAUGUUCUACACCUCAGAAUACAUUGAAGUGGGAAGCUGAUUUUCCAGAUUUUCCCUCAAUUAACAUAAUACAGGAACCUGAAUGGCUUGAAGCACUUAUUUCAGAGGCUGAGUAUUUGAAUAGUUCAAAUCUGAAAUUGGAUUCUGUACCUUUGGCUGGAGAUGCUGUAGAUAGUAAGGCAGAGAGUCCAUUCUCCCAGUUUGAUCAGAAGAGUGGAGAGAGUUCUUGCUACUUUUCUGCGCAGAGUCCUGGAUCCAUGUUCUAUCCGGGGAUCAUUACUAAGUUGCUUCUAGAGGUGCAAGAGCUGAAGGCGUCUAGUACCGCACAGACUGAGAAGAUGAGAUAUUUGGAGGAUAAGCUGGUGGAGGCGUUGUUUGAAAUUCAACAGUUAAAAGACUUGUUAAUAGAUGGAGUCUGAGUCUACACCCUCCAUAGCAUAUAUCGAUGAGAAGGAUAUUGAAGGAAUGAUCGACUGACAUUGCCGUAACACUGCCAGUACGAGUUGACUAAAGCCAAGUUCCUUGACUCGCCCGGGGCAAUUACAAUGACUGAACUACUCCUGUUUUAUGGUCUGUAUAUUUUGACGAAACCCUUUGAGGAAGCUUAUGGUAGUUAAGUUGCAAAAUGACUUGAUUUGUGUAGACUAGGCGACUAGCAUCAAGAUGAUGGCGAAAAUUUACCUUCAUAGGCUAUGACAAAUCAAAAUGAAUGAAAUGCUAGAGUUCAAACUCUCGUC